UUAUAAAUCAAGGCAUAUGGAGUGGUCACGUAACUUUAGGUACGAUAUCAUCAGAAUUUAUUAUUUUAUCGUUUAGUCUCUCUCUAUAUAUAUAUAUGUAAAUUCUCAUUGAGCAUUUCCUCUUAACUUGAGCUGUCUGCGACUCAAGUUUUAUUUUCUUUGCUUUUGAAGUUCUGGAUCAUCUCUCUCUCUCUCUAUUUGAUUGGAAAAGAUGGUUCGAUCUCCAUGCUGUGGGAAGGGUGGACUGAAGAAAGGGCCAUGGACACCUGAAGAAGACCAGAAGCUCUUGGCUUACAUAGAAGAACAUGGCCAUGGAAGCUGGCAAGCUUUACCGGCCAAAGCUGGGCUUCAAAGAUGUGGCAAGAGCUGUAGGCUCAGGUGGACUAACUACCUCAGACCAGACAUCAAGAGAGGAAAGUUCAGUUUGCAGGAAGAACAGACGAUUAUUCAACUCCACGCUCUUCUUGGAAACAAGUGGUCAGCUAUAGCAACUCACUUGCCUAAAAGAACUGAUAAUGAGAUCAAGAACUACUGGAACACACAUCUCAAGAAAAGAUUAGCUCGAAUGGGCAUAGAUCCAGUAACCCACAAGCCAAAAGUUGAUGCCUUUGGUUCCGGCAGUGUCCAUGCCAAGGAUAUCGCAAAUUUAAGUCAUAUGGCGCAGUGGGAGAAUGCCCGCCUAGAAGCUGAAGCCAGAUUGGUCCGCGAAUCUAAGCUCGCAUCAAAACCUGCGCAAGACCAAUUUGGCUUCUCAACUAUAGUACUCCCUCAGUUCUCCGCAGCCACUACCACCACCACCAAAGCCAUAGGAGGAGCUCCACAAGCUAGACCAAAGUGCCUUGAUGUCCUCAAGGCUUGGCAAGGAAUGGUAUCCAACAUGUUCUUUCCGCCCAGCGACACCCUCGAGUCACCAACGUCAACGUUAAAAUUCUCCGAAAAUGCAUUAGCAACUCCAGCUGGAAUGGUUAGACUUCAUGAGCGCUCGGUCCCUCAUUUUCAGUUUGCUAAUACUAGUAAUAUCAUUACAUGCAGAGGAGAGGAUACAGAAGAAGAAGACGAAGAAGAACUUGCUGCUAAAAAUGAUAGUGGAAAUGAAUGGAAAGGUUUCGAGCAAUCGAAGCAAAUUGCACAGGCAAAAGAAGCAUUGGAUGGUUCAGUUAUUUCUGUACAUGAAAUGAGUACAUAUGAUGGCAGUGAAGUACAUGUAGUCAGUUCAUGGAUUUUGGACACUUUUAGGGCAGCAAAUGAAAAUGUGACUAUUGGGAAUUCUGAUAAUUUGAUUUAUAACUUUGCUGAUCAUAACCCAUCAUCAUUAAUGGCUGGAGAAGAUGUUAUAAGUGAAAAUUGUGGUGCGAAUAAUAAUCUCGAAGACCAAGGUAGCUACUGGAAUAGACUACUCAAUUUGGUGGAUGCUCCGCCCUCUAGUUCGUCGCCGGUGUUUUGAAUAUAUUGUUAAUUUUAAUGUGGAAGGAGAAAGAAAAAGAAGGAAAGGAAAAGCAAAUGUUGAACUACUUAUGUAGGAGUUUAUUGCAAAAUGGACCAACCAAUUGCAGUUGAAUGUAUUAGGUAGGUACUUGGUAUUUUGACCUUUUGAAAUAAUAAAGGUAAUAGCCAUUAA